AUGAAUUCGUGCACUAUAAUUGACUGGAAUGAAUUAUCCCAUAUACUCCCUCGUUUUAUUGAUAUGCAUUUACUAAGUAUCAGUUUGAUUGAUGAUCAUCAGAGAUCAAUCCCUUCAUUUAAUUUUCGUAACAUACGUACUCUUAGUCUUGGAUUACGUGAAGCAUCAUUCGACUGGAUUGUUCAACUCGUUACAACAAUAACUGAUCUUGGGAAACUAAAAUUGAAUGGUCUUGUGCGCGAGGAUGGCUUUGUUAUUAAUCAAAGAUGGGCAUAUCUGUUGGAGUCCGCACCAAAUUCAAUCCGCAUAUGCGUUAAUGUUUUUCUACAGCAAGAUACACAUUCCUAUUUCUGUGAAAAAAUCAAAGUAGCACUAGGUGCUUUUGGUUUAAACCUUACGAGCAGCGAUGAUGAUACAGAUUGUAGUACGAAUGAUGAAAAUGUAAAUCGAUGGUGGAAUUUAAGAGUUCGAACAUUAAUUGAACUUGUAAAAAAUGAUACUUUCUAUCAUAAUCGUUUUUCACAUAUUGUUGGAUCCCUGCUUGAUGCUAUCAAAACUAUUGCUCAUGAUGGUUCAUACUCCGAACUGUACGAAAUUGCUGCACUGAGUAAUGUUCUAAAGUGCAACAUUCAGAGUGUAUAUCCCAAAAUUCAAUACGGUUCACAUUUGAGCAUUAUGAAUAGUAUUUUUCAAUGUAAUCAAUAUAGCUCUACAACAAAUACAAUUUUUAUAUUUUGGUCUAAUACUAAAAGUGAAAUAUACGCACGAAGUGGCAAUGCUGGUAAUUGGACACCAAAUCAUUUUGUACCACUUUUGGCUUUACCAGGCGAUGCUAUAUCUCAAAAUACGUUUUUGUCAUCAGAUAUCACUACUUCAAAUACUACACCAACCAAAUUAACAACGAAGAACAGCGUAUUAACUCCAGUGCGUGUUCCACGUUUUACUGAUCAGGAUGAUGGAACGGAUGCACUACCAGAACCUUUAACAGGUCCUAUAGAAUUAAAUCAAGCUACAACAGCUCACAGGAUUAAACGUAAAGUUAAUCGUACAGAGAGUAAUAAAAGUAUUGAAGUUGAGAAAGUUGAAAAUGAACGAAUACUUGCUCGAGAAAGAAGCGCAGCAAGAAGAGCUGCUAUGACAUCUGAAGAAGUUGAACGUCAACGAACACUUGCUCGAGAAAGAAGCGCAGCUAGAAGAGCUGCUAUGACAUCUGAAGAAGUUGAACGUCAAAGAAUACUUGCUCGAGAAAGAAGCGCAGCUAAAAGAGCUGCUAUGACAUCUGAAGAAGUUGAACGUCAACGAACACUUGCUCGAGAAAGAAGUGCAGCUAAAAGAGCUGCUAUAACACCAGAACAAACUGAACAACAACGUACUCUUGAUCGUGAAAAAAAAGCAGCUCAGAGAGCUGCUAUGACGCCAGAACGAAUUGAACAACAACGUGCCAUUGCUCAAGAAAGAAGUGCAGCAAGAAGAGCUGCUAUGACAACCAAAGAAGUUGAAAAUGAACAGCUACGUGCUCGAGAAAGAAGUAUGGCUAGACGUGCUGUUGCAUCACCAAGCGAAUCUGAAUUACACCGUGUAUUAGCUCGCGAGCGAAGUUCAGCUAGACGAGCAAUCAUGGCACCACAAAGUGUCGAACAAGCUGAAGCGUCUAGGCAGAAGAAAAAUCGUUCUCAGAUAAAUGUGAAUCCCAAACGAACUGUGACAAAUAGAAAAACAGAUAGUGUUGGAGUAGAGUGGCCGAAACCUAUAGAGCUUGCAUGCAAGACAGCUUGUCUGAAAAAUUUCAUUCAAUGUAUGUCAAUGAAAUCUCUGGAGGAAGGUGUCUGCAGUAUAUGCAAUAUACGUUGCUACAAGCGCGAUCUUCGAUGUGUACCUUAUAAUAAAAUUCCAUCGAUUGAACUACUUAAAACACAUGAUGACCUUUACAGCAUAAUUCCUGGAUUACAACAAGCGGAUAGUUUACGUUUAGGUGAUAACAACAAUAUGAAUCGUGAUUUACAAUCGUUAACUGAUGAAUCUCAUUGGCCUAUGGAGUCUUCUAUUAAUAAAAGAUCCUUCAUUUGUGUGAACAACGCUGUUUUAUAUAGACAGGGUCUUCAUUAUAAUCUUGAUAAGAAAAAACGUUCGAUGGUUCAUUGUGAUAUUUGUCUGGAUUGCUGGUCUUCUCUGGUAAAAGAAAAGAUACCAAAGUUUUCAGUUGCGAACAAAGUAUGGAUUGGCGAUGUACCAUCAGAACUUCAAGAACUAACAAUUCCAGAACAGAGGCUCAUUGCAAUUUAUCGUCAUAAUAGUUGCAUUGUAAAGUUGCACUCCGCUUUUCAUUCAGUGUCUACAGCACAAUCGGCACUAAAAGGCAAUUGUAUAAGUUUCCCUCAGGAUAUUGUUAAUAUUGCAGCUACCUUACCACUAGAAUUGGAUGACUUAUGUGAUUCUCUAAAAAUCAUAUUUGUCGGAUCUCAUACUCCCGCUAAACAUCAACUGAAAAAAAUUUUGACUGUUCGAAAAACAAAAGUAUCGGCAGCGCUUCAAUGGCUAAAAACAAAUAAUUCAUUAUAUCGAAACGUUACAAUCAAUCAAUCCACAAUCGAUAAAUUACCAAAUGAUGAUGUGCCUGAAUGCUUGUGGACGACAAUGCAAAUUUCAACUGAAGUUGAGAUGGCUGAAAACGAAAGAGCAGGUUACACUCCCGAUGCUAUUGCUGAUACAACCGAGUUAAGCAAUAGUGAGGCAAUUCCACUAAUGACAAGUGCUGUUCUGGAUGUUAAUGGUACUAAUAUUUCUUCUGAUGAUGUAACACAACACGUGCUGGAACGAGUAAGAGUGGAAACGGACGAAGAAAUACAUGAUAGAAACUCAGAUGAAAAUGCCAAAAAAGAUCCUGUGUAUGUGAUUCCCCGCGGUAAUAAACCAACAAAUGAAUAUUACAAUCCAAAUCUCCUGAUGGGUAUUUUUCCUACACUCUUUCCAUAUGGUUGUGGUGCGCUGGAAGAUAAUUCAAGACUGGUCAAAAUCAACUUACGAGAGCAUAUAAGAUACUUGCUAUCAUUUGAAGAUCGUCGUUUCGAAGAAAACCAUUCAUUUAUAUUUGUUGUUUUUAACAUUUUGCAACGUCGUACAGCAUGCUUUCAAGCCCAACUGAUGACAACAAGACCAUACUUUCAAAAAUCCGCAGAGCUUCUUGAAUCACUUACCUCCAACGAUAUACAAUCAGCUCUUGUUAAUGUCUCGAAGGGAAUCUAUUCAAAGGUUGCUGAUGUAAGGAUAAAUACGCUAAUGAAGCAUAUUAGAGUUAUUAGCGGUCAUGUCAUGGGAUCAGCGCAUUCUCGGUCAGCUCUGCGUACAGAAAUCCAUGGUCUAUGUUUUUAUCUUGGUUUACCGAGUAUUUUUGUUACCAUCAAUCCAGCUGAUAUACACAGUCCAGUGGCCCUUUAUUUUGCAGAUGAAGACGACGUAGAAUCAAAUAUGGCAAAUACCAAUGCAACAUCAGCAGGUGAACUGGUUGAUUUUGAUGUAUUUGUAUUAUUCCUUUUUUUAUUCAAAGCAAUGGAAACUAAUGCGAGUGAAAUUGUUCCUGCUUGCCAACCAACGCCAAAUCCAUCUUCUGACGAUUUCAUACGGAUAUUUUGGAAAGAUAUUAUACGACUAGUUGAAACCUGCAAUAUGCAUAAACAUUCUGCAACAUGUUAUAAAUACUCGAAAGCAAAGUCAGAUGAUUUAAAAACUUGUCGAAUGCGUAUGCCACGCGCUCUCGUGAAAAAUUCAACUAUCGACCCUGUAUCUGGUCAGAUUGCUAUGCGUCGAUCGCAUCCAUGGAUUAAUAAUUUCAAUGAAUGGCUCAUUAGUGCUUGCAGAUCUAAUAUGGACAUUAAAUUCAUUUGGAGUGGCAAUGACGCAAAAGCUCUUGUUUAUUACAUAACUGAUUAUAUAACAAAAUCGAGUCUAGCUUUCCACGAUAUGUUUCUAUUUGCGCAGCAAGGAAUCAGGUCUAUUGAGCAGUAUCGAAUUUCAGAUCAAGUCGAAAGUGCUACUGAAAAAUCGCGUAAACUUGUAUUGCGAUGUUACAAUAUGAUUGCUUCACAUCAAGAAAUUGCAGGUGUCCAAGUAGCAUCAUAUUUAAUGAACUUUGGUGACCAUUAUACGACACAUACGUUCAAGAAUCUUUUCUUAUUCUCUAUUGAAAACUAUAUACAAACAGAAUUAAUUAAAGCUCGACUCAGCGCACAAGAUACUAAUGAAAAGAAUGAAGACGGUAACAGAUUUAAUUUUACUAACACUGAUAGAAAAAUGAUGAAUCUUUUAGAUAUGUUGAAUUGCUUUUAUGAUGAUCAUGAAGAAGAUGAAACAAAAUGA